AUGGCAUGGGCAGUAGAGCUAUCCCAAUAUGAUUUGCAAUACGAGCCCAAGCAAGCAUUCAAAGCCCAAGCAAUGGAAGAUUUCCUGGUAGAGGUCUCAGGAGAGGCACCCGACAUACCGAACACACGGUGGAAGCUCCACUUUGACGGAGCAUCCAACCAAACGUUCGAAGGGGCCGGGAUCAUUCUCGAGAACUCGGUAGGGGUAGCUUACGAGCAGUCAAUUAGGUUCGAGUUUCUCAUCUCCAACAAUCAGGCAGAAUACGAAGCACUAAUAGGAGGGCUAAUCCUAGCUAAAGAAGUCGGAGCAUCCAAGGUAGAAGUUAGUAGUGACUCCCAAAUCGUUACAUCCCAGAUAAACGGCAACUACCAGGCCAGGGACACACUACUACAAAAAUACCUAGAAAAGGUAAAAGAGUUAUGCAAAAGCUUUGAGGAAGUCAUAAUCCAGCAUGUUCUUAGGGAAAGGAAAGCCCGAGCAGACCUCCUCUCCAAGCUAGCAAGCACCAAACCUGGGACAGGGAACAUGUCCUUAAUCCAAGGACUGGCAACUGAACCAGCAAUCGUCUUAAGCGCAACCCAGACUCCAAACCCCCCUCGUAGAUAG